CACAUCAAAUUGUACGACAGGUGUAGUUGCAUCGCGUUUGAAACAGUCAGCCAAUAGAAAUUGCUUCGGGAAUCUCCUUCGUUUUUUUUUCAUACGUCUUUCUGCCUCCAUAGAAUCUGAAGAAGCCUUCCCCCUUUCUGCACCUUCCUCAUUUUUUUCGAAUUCUGCCAUCGACGUCGGCUUCAUGUGUCCAUCAAAUUGACGAAGGUGACCUAAAAUAAUCCAAGUCCUUCUACACUAACGCCUCUUUUGGAUCCCGGAAGCAUCGAAACGACGUCGCACUUUACCAAGGAGAACAUAUUCAAUCCCUUUGUUCCGUUUUAUCAACGAGAAGACCUGUUUCUGGCAUUUCAUUUGUCGUCUCGGCCUUCCCCAUAUUUCAUUUCUGGGAGGAAUUAAAAGCGCGAGUAAACUAGCAAAGUCGUCUUCUAUCGCUGAGCUCUCAAUCUGUCGAAGCAAUAGACCGAGAUGAAUGAUACUGCCAUGAUGCGAAAUAAUCAUCCCCUGAGUGGAUGUUUGGUUCGUCAGACAGCAAUUUUUCUUUUUUUGUUGCUAUCAAUGUAUUCACAGCCAUUCCUAUGCCACUCGUUCCAACUAUCGUCAUCGGUCCUCUUGACGACUCGAUCAUCGAACGGACCCUCCAUCUCAUCAGCACCUGAGAGUAGUAAACACAGCGUCAACAGGAGGUACUCGAGUCACACGCAUUUCUUCACCGAUCCAUCUUCACCCGAUGUCCACGACCAGACAGCCCCGCGGCCCUCGUUUGAACAACGCAUGCGGGAGCAAUUGAAACAGCGCCAGCAGUCUGCAUCAGCAUCUAUGAGCAAAGGAUCUGCUAUUGGCAAACUAGUACCCGAUGUUCGAACACUGAACAGCUACAAGGAAAUUCUGGACCAGACAGGGGAAGAUGGCAAACUAAUGGCGGUCUUUUGGUACUCCCCGUGGUGCAAGGCCUGCAAGGCCGCCCUUCCUGGCAUCCGAACCCUUGCCAAACGCCACCCUGAUGUUCAAUUCAUCCAGGUUCCGGUCCUCACCGAAAACGCCAACCUUCACCAGGGACUUGAUGUCCCGAGUGUUCCUUACCUUCAUCUAUACGUUCCCGAGGCCCCGAGGCUUGUAGAGGAACUAAAGAUGACCCGCAAACGCCUCUCGGGGUUCCAGAAACUCCUGGCUGACUACGAGAAGGGAUCCUGCUCGCUGGAACUAACUGUAGCGAUGGAUGGGGAAGAUCCCGAAAAUCCCAAAAAGAUAUGGUCCACAUCGUGUCCGUAUUCUUCUCCUACGAGGACAAGUUCGUAAAAAAGGGAAAAUAAAACUUGAGAAACGCAGCCACACCCAAAGCAGAUGGUGAGGUCGCGUAUUACUAUAGACGAUACAGCAUCUAUCACGCAAGCAAACAGCCACGGGAACGUCCGGGGAAAAUAAUUGAUCAUUAAAGUGGAAAUUCAUUAGACCGUAGUAAUUGCAAUGUAAAUAAGUAGAGACCAAUAAGCAAUGAAUUUAUCAGUUGCAU